ACCGCCGCACACACCCCAAUGUUUUGGUCGAGAUUUCCCUUCGCGUAACUAGGCUGCUGCAGGAGUCACCGUGGCCCUCAUGAGAUAGAAAAGCCACGUUUAGACACUUUAUUCACCACCCAGUCAUUCGACAAAGUUUCUGCUCUUUCUUUCUUUCACCAGGCGAUUCGUUUAGGUGUAAAAUGUUUGCUGCGCCGCUUCGGAGGCAUUCCCCGUCAUGACCGUGCACCGGCCCGCCCCUCCACUUGAAUGGGAUCCCUCUUCAUCACUCUCUCGCUCGCUUGGCAUCGACUGUCUCCGCUGCUGCUCCGAGCGCCCAUUUGGGAAUCCGUGAGCUUGUAUCGCCCCUUUUAACCAGUUCAUUUAAUGGUUUGAUGCGAAACCCGUCUGUCUGAUCGGCAGAAGAGCGACAACGCCACAUCUCCGGUACCCUGCGCGUCCGGGCCUCAGCCAUGGGGGGAUCCAAGAGUAAGCCCAAGGAUGUAGGCCAGCGAACCCGCAGCCUCGAUGGCAACCUCAGCUCUGGAGGAGGAGCCGGCGGCCACCACCUCAAUUCCACUCAGCAGUCUUUAACACCCAAUCGGAGUCCUACUGUCGAUGGAGGCCUCCGGACCAAUCAGUCCAUGGCCAAUAACGCAGAGCUGGCCCUGUUCGGAGGCGUGGACAAUAACAGUGUCACCUCCCCGAACAGAAGCACACUAGCAGGGGGCGUGACAACCUUUGUGGCAUUAUAUGAUUAUGAGUCUCGAACGGCCUCCGAUCUGUCUUUUAGGAAGGGCGAACGCCUGCAGAUCGUCAACAACACAGAAGGGGACUGGUGGCUGGCGCGCUCCCUGACCACUGGAGAGAGCGGCUACAUCCCCAGCAAUUAUGUGGCUCCAUCUGACUCCAUCCAGGCAGAAGAGUGGUACUUUGGCAAGAUCACACGCCGCGACUCAGAAAGGCUGCUGCUGAGUUUGGAGAACAGGAGGGGGACUUUCCUGGUGAGAGAGAGUGAAACCACCAAAGGUGCCUACUGCCUGUCCGUACUGGACUAUGACAACACCAAAGGGCUGAACGUGAAACACUACAAGAUCAGGAAGCUGGACAGCGGUGGCUUCUACAUCACAUCACGCACGCAGUUCAGCAACCUGCAGCAGCUCGUCAGUCACUAUCGCAAGCAUGCUGAUGGACUGUGUCACAGUCUGACAGAGGUGUGUCCCGUCCUGAAGCCUCAGACACAGGGCUUGGCCAGGGAUGCCUGGGAGAUCCCCAGAGAGUCCCUCCGUCUUGACCUCAAACUGGGACAGGGCUGCUUCGGAGAGGUCUGGAUGGGAACAUGGAACGGUACAACACGGGUGGCGAUCAAGACUCUGAAGCCUGGCACCAUGUCUCCUGAGGCCUUCCUGCAGGAAGCCCAGGUCAUGAAGAAGCUGAGACAUGAAAAGCUGGUUCAGCUCUACGCUGUGGUAUCUGAAGAGCCGAUCUACAUCGUCACUGAGUACAUGGGACAAGGUAGCUUAUUGGAUUUCCUGAAAGGGGACAUGGGUAAGAUGCUCCGCCUCCCUCAGCUGGUGGACAUGGCGUCACAGAUUGCUUCAGGGAUGGCUUAUGUGGAGAGGAUGAAUUAUGUGCACAGAGACCUGAGAGCUGCUAACAUCCUGGUGGGAGACAACCUGGUGUGCAAAGUGGCUGAUUUUGGCCUGGCUCGCCUUAUUGAGGACAACGAAUACACUGCCAGGCAGGGAGCCAAAUUUCCUAUCAAGUGGACGGCUCCUGAGGCUGCUCUCUAUGGCCGCUUCACCAUCAAGUCUGACGUCUGGUCAUUUGGGGUCCUGUUGACUGAAUUGGCCACCAAAGGCCGAGUGCCCUAUCCAGGUAUGGUGAACCGGGAGGUGCUGGACCAGGUGGAGCGUGGCUACAGGAUGCCGUGCCCAGCGGAGUGCCCCGAGUCCCUCCACGAGUUGAUGCUGACCUGCUGGAGGAAAGAGCCCGAAGAGAGGCCCACCUUUGAGUACCUGCAGGGCUUCUUGGAGGAUUACUUCACCUCCACAGAGCCCCAGUACCAGCCAGGAGAGAACCUGUAAUUGGGCCGAGUAUGUGUGUGUGUGUGUGUGUGUGUGUGUGUGUGUGUGUGCGUGCGUGUGUGCAUGUUGCAUGUGAUACUGAGCAUGCAUCUGCUUUGGGGUGUGUGGAAACGUAUGCGUGCGAGUGCGCAUGUAUAACUGGGCUGAGAGCCAACAGGAUCCUGGAUACAAUCAAGGACUCUCACCUCAUCUUGGAACGCUAACGGGACAUCAGACCAAUCGACAACAUUCAGCAUCUGCCUCUUUUUCUGGUUUGUGUCAUUAUACACACCAACAUGUCAGCUCUUAAACACUAUUUUCAAAGGAAAGGACUAAUAUAUUAUUUUUUAGGUCAUCAUAUGGUACUUUGUUUUCUUGUCAAAGGUUUUUAUCAAGGAUCUGUACUGCAAAGCAGGUUUGCCUGCUUUUGUUUGUAAAGCGUCCUCCUGACACAAAUGUCACAUCACCCAUGCAUUCCUUCCGUGUGUUAAUCCAUGUGACUAAUCUUGUAGUUAGGUUCAACACUGUGGCUGGCUCUGAGCCAUAGGACAGAUUGCCUAUGGGUGAAACAAGGGAGUCUCGGGGAAGAUCAUUGGGCAUGAGCAAUGUCCUGCUGAAAGUGUCAAUUCAGGACAUCCGUUUUUGGGACACUUUCUUUUGGGAUCCUCACUGAAACCCAUUUGGUCAGACUCUGUCUUACAAUUUCCACAAAUUGGCUACUUGAGAAGCAACUGUUUGGUUACCUUGGGACUUUAUUUGCCAGGAUAUUAUGGAUCUUAGAUUUUUGAUUAAUUGUAUUAUAUCAGACCUGGAUCAACUGGAAUAUUUUCAAACAGACAUUUUUUCAUUUCCUUCAUAACCAUUCAUGCCUCUGCAUCGUUGAGGUUAGUUUCCCGGCUGCUGUGAGAUUUUGGAUGCGACUGACACAGGUAGCCAUGGCGUGUAUAGUCUCACUAGCAAACAAAUCAUUGUACUGCUGUGACCAAUGGGCAGUACAACACACAAAGAAGAGAAAAAAGAAAGGAUGGAAUCUUUUUCUGUAUCUAAUGUUUUCUAUUUGUCACUUUUCUAAAAAAAAAAAAAAAAGAAAGAAAGAAAAGAAAAGAAAUGGCUACUGAUCACUAAUGCUCCUCUCAGGAUGGAGAAGACUAGAAUUCUGCUGCAAGUUUUUUUGUUCUUGUGCCAAUGAAAUCUCUUUUGUACUCUCUUCUACUGUGUAAAAGUGUAUUUUUACUACUAUGAACUUUUCUUACAAUGAAGUUUGAGUUCGGUAAGGCAAGGGGAGGAAGCCCUGCAGUUCAACUCAAAGGAUAAUCCACUGUUUUCAGAUCCUGCACCCACGCAGCCAUGACUCACCAUCAUGGUUUAUAGGUGUUGAUUUUUUUUUUUUUUUUUUUCCAAGCAUUCAGAUUAAAAUCAUAAGAAUUUUCUCUCAUGUCACUUUUCAGUGUCAGCCUUCAUAGAUGUGAAGGAGAUUUCUCUUUUGGUGUGUCCGUCAUUAGUGCAUCUUUGAGUGCAAACUUACACUGGAGGUAUUAAGAUUUUCUUCUCAGUCUACAUGUUAAAUGGGCAAUGGAUAGUGAUACUGUGCUAAAUAGAGUUAUACCCCCCUCCAGCCUGUAGGGGGCAGACCGAGAAGCCUUUCCCAAAUAUGUGUAGGAAAAUGAAUUUGGCAUUCUGGAAAUUAAUUGUAAAUAUUCUUAAUGCUAAUAUAUUGUAUAUAUCAUCUUUAUAAUUUAUUCCUUUUGAAAUAUCCUGCUGGUUUAUUUUGCUUUCAGCAUCAUUUUUGCCAUCCUCUUUGUCACUCACGGUACCUUCUAUAGUUACAGGAUGAAUAAGCAGCUGAUAUAAAUAUAUACUAUAGCAACACUCUCACAUUACAAGUAUGUUGUGCACGUAUUUCUGUGAAACUUAGCCUGGCUGCACAUUUACAAAAUGACUGACACAACUGGCAUGAGGAACUACUUAUCUAGAACUAGUUGUGUGUCUGCUGUCCACUGUUAGAGAAAGAGAAAAAAAAAAAUAGUCCUCUCACACUAGAUACUGAUCAUCUACCUGUUCUUUCUCCAUGUUGAAAUCUAAACUGCAAAUGUUUACAUGCUGAAAAUCUUCACAAUGAUUUUGGUGCUGCUUCAGAGGCCGGUAAAUGGGCAGUUAAUCAGCUGGCAUUCAUUUCAACAUCCAAACACUUGUAUACAGCUGUACAGCAUGAUGUAUCCCACUGCCAUUAUCCUCUGUCCUCGCAUGAGUUUUUCUUUGCUUUGUAUUACGGUACGACCAGCUUCUCUAUCUUGGAUUUCAUAAACCACUACUGAUGGAGUGAGAUUAUAAUCCCAUUCAGAAGAUGUGUAAGAGGGAUAUCUGUGUAGCGUCUACUUUGUCCAGUGGGCAUGGGUUACGUCAUGAUGAAUGGAAAUGACAUUAGGGCAUAUUCAGGUUGUCUGGCAUUGUUCCCCUAUUUUAGUGACAUGUGUCAGUGAUCGUCUAUGUACGAGAUCAUGGAAAAGGUGCAAUGAUAAAGGUCAACCUUUCUCUUUUUCUCUUUUUUUUUGUAUGCAGCCUUGCUUACAAACCAAGGUCAUGUUUCCUGUGGGGUCUUUGGGUCUCCUUCCUCAGUCUAUGCAGAUAUUUUUUAAAUCUGUGAUAUUCCUAUAUAAUCUUUUCUACUGCAUUCAAUGGAAAUCAAAGACUUUUCAGAUGAAUAAUUCUUUGUUUAAAUCCUACUGAAUAUUGAUAAAAUUCAAAGGAAAAUGUUUGAAUAAAACUUGUAUAUUGCAAACCAUA